CUUCGCCCCUACCCAAAAUCCAAAAUCCGACGACGGGAUGACAGUGGACCGCGUCUACGGCAAAAGAUUGGACCGGAGCACAGUUAGCGGAGGGUCUAACCCAACUUAAGGUUAGCCCGCCUUCCGAAUUCGGUAAUUUCGAAAUCCGCGAAGAUGCCCAGUUCAAAGCGAUCCGUCCUGAUCACCGGCUGCUCAGAUGGCGGCAUGGGAGCAGCCCUGGCCGUGGCUUUCCACAAAGCCGGGUUCUACGUAUAUGCGACAGCACGAAACCCAGCUAAGAUGGCGCAACUCGCGUCUUCUGGAAUCAAGACUCUUGAACUAGACAUACAAUCUGACCAAUCGAUAGCCGACGUCGUCAGCAAGAUUCCCUCACUUGACAUUCUAGUCAACAACGCUGGCACCCAAUUCCUAAUGCCCGUAGUCGACGCCAACAUAGUCGAUGCCAAAAAGCUAUACGAUCUGAACGUAUGGGCUCAUCUCAGCAUGAUCCAAGCAUUCUUACCACUUCUUCUUCGAUCCCCCAACGCCAUGAUCGUCAACCAAACUUCUAUCGGUGCCAGCGUCGCGAUCCCAUUCCAGGCCAUUUACAACUCCUCCAAAGCUGCUCUAGCCUUACUUUCCGAUUCGCUCCGCCUCGAACUGCAGCCUUUCGGCAUCAAGGUCGUCGAUUUGAGAACCGGUGUUGUCAGGACCAACUUAAUCAAGAACCUACAACAACAGGCCAACCCCACGCUGCCCAAGGGCUCGAUUUACGAGCCCGCGAGGGAAAUAGUAGAGAAGGCGCUGCGUCAGGAAGGGUUCGAAGGCCAGGGUAUGCCGGCGGAGCAGUGGGCGGAAGCCGUGGUUCGCGAUCUGCAGAAGACGAACUCGCCACCGGUUAUCUGGAGGGGUGAAUCGGCGUUGCUGACGCGUGUUUCGACGGUGCUGCCAUUUGGACUUUUGGAUGGGCUUGUUAAGAAGAUAGCUGGAUUAGAUCUUGUUGAACAGAUUGUUAAGAAAUGAAGGCGUCAUUUCUUGA